AUGCAAGGAGGAAUUGGACUAAUUGUAAGAGAUUUUACAGGCAAUUGCAUUGGAGUUCAAGGAGCCUAUUUUGAUGGAGGAAUGACUAAAGGAAUUGAAGUAGAGUUGGAGUGCGAAGCAAUGCUUGCAGCAGUUACUUAUGCAGUUGUAAAAGGAUUCAGUAAAGUAGUUUUUGAGUCAGAUAGUCAAGUUCUAAUAAAAUCCAUCAAUGAACAAAACUAUUAUGUUCAUUGGAUGAAUUGCUCCAUUGUCCUGGACAUUAAGUUCUUGUUAAGUAAGUUAGCUCAGUGGAAUUGUGUUUCAGUUAAGAGAAGUGCAAAUGGUGUAGCUGAUAAACUGGCAAAAAAAGCCAGAAUAUUAAGGUCAAAUUUUGAGUUUCAGUCUGCUCUACCAUUAGAAAUUCAGGAGUGGGUAGAUGAAGAUAACAAUGUAAUCUCUUAA